AUGCAAGAUUGCACUAGUUACAGAGAGAAGACAGCCAAUCCAAUAGAGCAAGCAACCGAGUCACAACAAGGAAAGCAAAGAGAGAAGCUAGUCACAGGCAGAUCACCUUGUUCAAGGAUUUCAGAGCGAGUACUUCCAACAAAAUGUCUGCCUAGACAGAGCUUCCAACCACUUGGACCCGAUGAUACACCUGCAUGCAGGUCAUCCUCUGUGAAUCGGCAAGACAGGGAGAGAAAGACAUGUCGAACUCACAAGAGAAAGACAGCCAAUGCAGUCAGUCAGAGAGAGAAUGCCCUAUUGAGUGUCAUGCCUGAACUCAUGUUUCGGAGAGUUCUUGUCGGAUCAGUUAUGCUUAUGCAAGGAGAGAGCAUCGCUAAGGGAAAGUUCAAUCAUUGGGAAGGUCAGACACAAGAAACCCGAACUGCCUAA